AAUAUAUUGUUUUACAACUCCGGGAAUUGUAUGACUGUUAAACUAAAAUCGUCGCAUAGGAAACAUUCAGAUCUGCAUUUGUAUCUAUUUAACUGUCUUUCUUAUAUAUACAAAAUUUGAUUGAAAGAUAUAGAAGAAAAUGAAUGAUGAUAAAAAUUUAGCAGCAAAAAAAAUCAGAGAUGAUAUGCCAGUAGAGUUAGAAAGUCAGUUUGUUUUACGUUUACCCUCAACACCAGCAGCUUCGUUACGAGCUGCAGUGAGAUCGGGCGUAAUGAAUUUGAAAGACAGAUUAACAGUUCAGUUAGAACCAGAUAUGAGGCAUGGUAUGGUACGGUUUGACAAAUGGAUAUUGCCAUCUAAAGUAGUAGAUUUACCUUGUAUUAUAGAAUGCCACAAAACCUUAGACAGAAAAACAUUUUAUAAAACAGCAGAUAUAUGUCAGAUGAUGAUCUGUAAAGAAGAGGAGGACGUGCAAGAGCCCGAAAAUGAAUCUCCCAAAAAAAGUGACAAAAGAGAUAGAAAAUAUUUAUGGCCUCAUGGAAUUACUCCACCAUUAAAAAAUGCCAGAAAAAAUAGAUUUAGAAAGACAUUGAGGAAGAAAAAUGUGGAUUUUCCAGAGAUAGAGAAAGAAGUUAAACGCUUGUUACAAGCCGACAAUGAAGCAGUCAGCGUAUGCUAUAAGAUAGUAAAUGCCGACGAGAAGAAUGAAAAUAAAGUGGAAAAUUCAGACUAUGGUAAUGGCACCGUAUUGUUAAACAAUCCUCCUGCUACUGGUGAUGAAAAUUCACAAAGUUGCAGUGUUACAGAACAUGAUAUAUUUGGUGAAGCUUUAAGCUGCUCAGAAGAUGAAGAAAUCACAGAAAGCAAAAUGUAAUUUCAAAUAAUGAUGCUAAAAGAAAUUAACUUUUUAUAUUAAAAAAAAAAAAUACUACUGGCAUUUCAAAUGCAUGAAAUUAACAAUUACCAUUUAUUAUUUGUAUUUAUUUUAUACAAAGCUUUUAUGCUUAAUUUGAAUUUAAAUAAGCAU